GAGGCCGCCCACGAGUUCACGGUCUACCGCAUGCAGCAGUACGAGCUGGGCGGGCAGCCCUACGGAACCAGGAGUGCAGUGCUUAACACAGAAGCCCGCACUGUAGAAGCAGAUGUCCUGAGCCGCCGCUGCGUCAUGAUGCGGCUGGUGGAUUUCUCCUAUGAGCAGUACCAGAAGGCUCUCCGUCAGUCAGCUGGUGCUGUGGUGAUAAUAUUGCCACGAUCUAUCUCUUCUGUCCCCCAGGAUGUUGUAAGGCAAUUCAUGGAGAUAGAGCCAGAAAUGCUUGCUAUGGAAACCAUUGUGCCAGUCUACUUUGCAGUGGAAGAUGAAGAGCUACUGUCUAUUUAUGAACAAACACGGGCUGCUUCUGCAUCGCAGGGUUCUGCCUCAGCUGCAGAAGUUCUGCUGCACACAGCAACUGCUAAUGGCUUCCAGAUGGUGACCAGCGGGACUCAAAGCAAAGCUAUCAAUGACUGGCUCAUACCCAGUGUGGAGGGAAGGCUAACGGGGCUGGGUGGAGAAGACCUGCCCACUGUUGUGAUCGUUGCCCACUAUGAUUCUUUUGGAGUGGCUCCAUGGCUGUCACAUGGUGCUGACUCCAAUGGCAGUGGUAUCUCAGUGCUACUGGAACUAGCCAGGCUGUUUUCCCGGCUCUACACAUACAGACGUACCCAUGCUGGGUAUAACUUGCUGUUCUUUGCAUCUGGAGGUGGCAAGUUUAAUUAUCAAGGAACCAAGCGGUGGCUGGAAGACAAUUUGGACCACACUGAUUCCAGCCUGCUGCAGGACAACGUAGCAUUUGUUCUCUGCCUUGAUACUCUGGGCCGAGGCAAUAGCCUUCAUCUCCAUGUCUCAAAGCCUCCAAAGGAGGGGACCUUGCAGCAUGCGUUUCUGAGAGAACUGGAGAUGGUCGUUGCCAGCCAGUUCCCAGAGGUGAAGUUUUCCAUGGUGCACAAGAAGAUAAACUUGGCUGAGGACAUGCUGGCAUGGGAGCAUGAGCGUUUUGCAAUCCGACGCUUGCCAGCAUUCACCAUCUCCCAUCUGGAGAGCCACCGGGACAGCCUGCGCAACAGCAUCAUGGAUAGGAGGGCACAAAUAGACACUAAGGCACUAAUCAGGAAUACGAGGAUCAUUGCUGAGGCUUUGACAAGGGUCAUCUACAACCUAACAGACAAGGGAGCACCUGCAGAUCUGCAGAUCUUCACGGAUCAGAUGCAGAUCCAGCAGGAGCAACUGGAAUCAGUGAUGGACUGGCUGAGCAGUCAGCCCAGGGCUGCUCAGCUGAUUGAUAAAGACAGCACCUUCCUCAACACCUUAGAAUAUUAUAUGGGUCGCUACCUGAAGGAUGUCAAACAGCACCAUGUAAAGGCAGACAAACGGGACCCUGAGUUUGUUUUCUAUGACCAGCUGAAACAGGUGAUGAAUGCAUACAGGGUCAAGCCAGCGAUCUUUGACCUGCUUCUGGCUGUCUGUAUUGCAGCCUACCUUGGUGUUGCCUAUGUUGCAGUGCAGCACUUUGGUCUCCUUUACAAGAUGAUACAGAGAUUAUCCCUUAAAACCAAGCAGCAGUGAAGCAACGAGUCAUCACCCAUACAGCAGCACUGAGCCAUCGGUGAGCCCAUCAGGAACCUCCUGCCUUCCAUUGAAUCCUGCUGUUUCUCUUCCUCUGUCUCCUCUUUGCUACUCUAUAGAGGGGAGGAAGGCAGAAAGAAAAUGAAAUUUUAACUCUUGUGCACCUUUUAAGUGCUUUUCUUCACCUUCUUCCCCGACUUGGACCAUGUCCGUUUUCCUUUGCUUUUUGGCAAGGGAGAGGCUCAGCAACCUCAGUAGUUCCUACAGGUUGUUUAACCAUUAAAUGCUGAUUCUGAGCAGCUUCUAAGAGUGUAAAACCAUGUCCAGAACCUUCAUGGACACAUGUGCCAUACAGCCAACUUGGAAACUGAAACUACAGAGUAGAGUGAUGUGUUAUCUCUGCCCAGCAAACAAGGACACAGAGCAGUUUUUUCGAAG